ACGCCUCCGCCAUGUUCCGGCCAGCCCUGUGCGGUCGCGGCCAAGAUGGCGGCGCUGGGAGGUGGCGGGACGCGAUGGCGGCGGGCCUGGCUGCCCGCCCUGCAGCUCCUGCGGCGCGGCUCCAAGGCGGUGACGCGCCACUGGAAGGCCAUGCACCUGCAGCGGCAGAAGCUGAUGGCUGUCACCGAGUACCUGCCCCCGCGGCCGGCCGUGCCCCCGCGCUGCCUGCCCCGCCCCAGCGCCCACGGCGUCCAGGAGGACGGCCAGGCGCGGGUGCUGCGGCGCCAGGUGCAGGACACGCUCAGUGCCAGCCGCAUGGUGGCCGUGUGCCACUACAACCCCAUGGCUGACGAGGACGUGGCCACCUUCCGGCACUACCUGCGCAAGCACGGCAUCCACGUCAAGUUCGUGCUCAAUGAGAUUGCCCGGCCAGUUGUGGCCCAGUCCAAGUUCCGGAACCUUCUGCCGCUGUUUGUGAGCCGGAACAUCCUGCUGGUGAGCGCGGAGCCGCGGGCCAGGGAGAUGCUGAGAGUGCUCAGGGGAGUGCCCCAGGUCAUCCUGCUGGGCGCCGUCAUCGACGGCACCAUCCUGAGCCGGCGGGGCGUGGAGAACUUCGCCCAGCUGCCGUCCCUGGAGGUGUCCCAGGGCCAGACGGUGGCAGCCCUGUCCCUGCUGCCCUCCCAGACCUCCUCCCUGCUCCAGCAGGGCCCUGCUCGCCUCACGGCGCUCCUGGAUGAGCACAUCCGACGGCUGAGGGAUGCAGGGGCAGCCACGGAGCCUCCCACAGGGAAUCACUGAUCCUGGAAACUGGGAAACUGGGAAACUGGGAACCAGUUCCUUCCCUGGGGAUCAUGGACAUAAUUCCCAUGGAAUCAGCUGCAGCCCCAAAAAAGGGGGCUCAGGGAUUGGAGGUUUGGCACUGAGGGUCGUGGCCAUUCCCUUGUGCUCCCUUGGGAAUGUCCCAGCAGCGUUCCAGCUGUGCUCAGGGAUCUGUGGGAUCAGCCAGAGCAGGAGGAGCACGGGAUGGAGCCUCCAGGAAGGAUUUUGGGCACCCCCUGUGCCUUCAGAGCGUGCUGGAACACUGAUCCCACCACCCGUGGGGUCGCUGUCGUGUCCAAUAAAGCUGUGUGGAAAUGC